UAUACGCAAUCUUGGGUAAUAUGUUGUGCUAGUAGUAUUACAAAUAUUCCUGAAACUACAAGGUGGUAAUAAAGUCGUAUAUAUAGGUACCUAUAUAGGAGGUAGGUAACGGUAUAUAAGUCUUCUUUGUGUUCCUAUUGUUGAUGAUUCGAGAGAUCAUACUACCCUACCCUACCAUCUUAAGCCAUUAAGUCCAUAUUCAUAUUCAUAAUCGUUACUUAUUAAAAACAUGGCAUCCUCUACGACUCCCCAGAUUUUACUUACUGGAGCUACCGGGUUCAUCGGUGGUACCAUCUUAGACCACUUCAUUAACUCCAAGUCUCCAGCUCUUAGCGGUGCUAGUAUCUCCGUGCUAUUGCGAGGUGAGGACAGGGUCGCCAAAAUCACAUCAGCUUACGGCUCCCGCGUGAAGCCCAUUCUCUACAAGGAUAUCGACGAUAUCGACGCUAUAGUUGCCUCUGCGGCGCAGCAUGACGUCGUUAUCAACACCACCGUGGGGUUCCAUCCCGCUUCCAUCCAGGCCGCAGUCCGCGGCCUUGCUCAGCGCAAGGCGGCGACGGGGCGCGACGUGUGGCUGGUUUCCACCUCCGGCACUUCCAACUUCAGCGACACCCCGAUCUCGAAGAAAUGGGUAGAGCCCGAGAACCAAGAGUUUGACGAUGCUAAGGAUGAUAUAUACGGCUACGAGAAGGACCGCGAGGUGCGGGAGGGCCCGUACCACCAGCGUACGGCCGAGCUUGGUGCGAUUGACCUGGCCAUCGAGCUUGGCGUUAAAUCCAUAAUUAUCAACAGCCCAACUAUCUACGGCCGCGGAACGGGCCUUUUCAACAAAACGAGUGUUCAGGUACCCGCACUCGUUCGCGCCGUGCUAGAGCUGAAGAAGGGUGUCGUACUGGGAGACGGCAAGGGCGUAUGGGACCACGUGCACGUCGAGGACCUAGCGGACCUCUACCUCCUAGUGGUAGAGCGUAUUAUAGCCCAGGGCGGCGAGGGCGUGCCGUCGGGUAAGAAGGGCAUCAUCUUCAGCGGCAACGGCCGACACCAAUGGCUCGAUGUGGCGCAGGGGGUGGCUGAUGCGGCCUUCGCCGAGGGUCUGAUCCCGAGCAACAAGGUCGAGAGUAUUACGCUCGCGGAGGGAAGAAAGUAUAUGAUGGACGGCCAGGCUCCGGAGGAAAUUAUCGAGAAGGCUUUCAUAAGCAACUCGCGGACUGUGUCGUCUGUGGCGAGGAGCUUAGGCUGGAAGCCGACGAGGGGAGAGGAGGCGUGGAAGCAAGGAUUUGUCGAGGAGGUCAAGGCCGAAUUGGAAAAGAACAAAUCGUAGGUGUCGGUAUCAAGUAAUACAUAAUACUUAGUACCGCGGUAAUUUCAUACAGCUGGUAUUAAAUCAAAAUAAGUACAGGGUGAAUCAAAUAACUGUAUCAAAGAUCUG